AUGGUAACGAAUGCAGCGUCAAAGAACAGCUAUGAAAAAUACCACUUAUCCAUAAUGAUGUGGAGCAUUCCCACAGGCAUUGUGAUUGUAUUUGUAUAUUUGAUUUACACAGUUACAAUGUUCUUUUAUGAGAAAAACAGUCCUUCAUAUCUUUCCUUAGCAGUUUUCCUCAGCAUCACGAUUGUGUUCAUGAUUGUGUCUGUUGUAUAUGUUGCUCGCGUACGAGAUCAGUUUAAGCCGAUUCCCAAUCAUUUGAGACAAUCUGUGAUUAAAAUUUUGUUAAAGUAGUUUGUA